UUCUUAUACCAUAUUCGAUAUUCCUACGUUGGUCGGAAAUGGCGGAGGGGAGAAGGCGAUAAACUUCCCAAAUUACGGUUCUUCCGCAACGAAAUGACUGACAGGGGAAACAAGCGAAGUUUCAUUUGCAUCUCAUCGUCGUCAGACGACGACGACGACGAGGACGAGGUCUCCUGUGGCGACGACGAAGAGGAAUCAGAUGAGCAGUAUGAUGAAGAAGACGAUGACGAAGGGGAAUCGGAAGAGGAGUACGAUAAUGAGGGCAGCGACGACGAUUGUGACGACGUUCUCUCCGAGCGAGUUAUCCGAUUUCUAAAAGAGAAUAAAAAUUUGGAUUCAUUGACACUUAAAGACUGCAAAGCUUAUUUACGGGAGAAUGGGUUGAGAAUAGCAGGGACUAAAUCCGUCUGUAUUCAAAGAAUCAGGGAGCAUUGGAGGAUGAAAGAUGAAAAUGGUGAAGCACAGUAUCCAAGGUCAUCCUUUGUUGUCAAUUGCACUGGUGAUGUUUGUAGGGGAGAUGUUGUUUUGUUCACUCAGAAAGUUUAUGCAAAGUUUGAUAAAGUAACUAGGCAUGGAGGGCUUAUAGGAAAGAGAACUGUAGCAGGGAGAGUAGUUAAGGAGAGCUAUGGUGCAACCAAACAGCAGCAUACUUUUACAGUCGAAGUUUUAUGGAGCAGGGGAGUUAGGAAAUUACCCCCACUUUAUCCUCUGCUCGUGAAGGGUCGAAAUCUAUAUAAACUAAGAACUUUUAGACAGCUUUGGAAUGAUGAAGCAGAAAGACUUCAAGUUCUUGCCGAAAAGCACAAAAGAGGUGCGGCUGCUCGGAGUUUACGAGCAAUGCGGACGAGGUGUAAAAAAUCAAAGACAUUUCCAUCCUGCAAGACAAACCUUGAACAGUAAAGAGAGCAGCAAGAGGAUGCAGUCAAAGGGCAAGAACAAGGUUCUACGUAGACAUCCAACAUAGGUCCCUAUUCUUUCAUUCAGAAAUUUCUUCUCACUUCAUGAUUGCGCUAAACAAAUAAUAAUAUUUUUUUAUUUUUUUUUUUAUUUUUACUUCGAUUAGAAAUUAGGAGAAUUUAAGCUGCAACAACCCAUAAUAAGAGUUACUAACAUAAACAUAACUGAACUGAUUAAGACAUAUAUUCUUUGCCAAGAGGUUUAAAGUUCAAACUAAAAAUAGAGAUAUUGGUGUUGGUAUUUGAUCCUAAAAAUGUUCACCCAUAUAGAAAGUAUACAAAGAGUCACCUUUGAAAGUCAAAUCAUUAGCCUAUUACCAAGUUCAUUCGCUUAUA